CCUCAUUCACUAGAAGAUGGCGGACUGCGCUCCACUAUUAGAUGAGGAACUCUCGUCCUUUGUCUUCAAUUACCUGACAGAAAACUCCGGCAGCCAGUAUGGGGAGGAGGAGGUGUGUUCGGACCGCUUGGACACUGACUUCCCGGACAUCGACCUCUCCCAGCUGGACACCAGCGACUUCGACAGCGUCAACUGUCUCAGCGAGCUGCAGUGGUGCAACGAUCAGCCAGCGGACGUAUCACCGGCCUCCAUCCACUACAGUACGACAGAUGAGCUCUUCGAGAUAGAAGAGGAGCAUGCGGCUCUGCUCGCCGCUCUCACCGACAGCCUGGACGGCAUGGUGGAUGCCGAGGUGGGCGGGCUCUCCGUCUUCCCCACCUUGGGGGAGGAGCCCGACCAGGAUGAGGAAGACGAGGACAAUCUUCCUCUCAGUGCGGAGGACUUCAGCCAGUCACUGGGGGCCGAAACAGAGGAUCCAUCUCUACUGAAGAAACUGCUGCUGACGCCUCCCAACGUGCCCGCGGGCAUCGAUGCACACAAAGAUGGAGUCAACGGGCAUCGCUACAGCAACAGAAGCUUGCACCUACGGCCAGUCAGACCUCUGGUUAAGAGCGACCUCCCUCAGGAGCGGAAGCCCCGAGCGGUGCGUCCGGCGGGCCGCCUGUGCACCGAGCUCCACCGCCACCUCACCACCGCCCAGGACACAGAGGACACCGCUGCCCCUGACACAGAGGAGGACGAAGAGGAAGAAGAAGACGAGGACAGUGAGUCUGAGGAGGACGAAGAGGAGGAAGGCGAGGAAGAGGAGGAGGAAUCUUCCAGCAGCGAGGUGGAGGGAGUGGCGGUUGCGACCGCUGAGCCGCCUAAGCCUCAGUUCAGCUCGGAGAAAGAACUGCACUCGGUGGUGGAGCUGAUCAAGUACAUGCAUACCUACUGCCUGCCCACGCGCAAGCAGCAGGGCUGGGAUCGUAAAGACCGUGAGCUCUCGAGGCCGCGGGCUCGACCCGAGGCCUCGCGCCCGGCCGCCACAAACUCUCACAGCAGAGUCGUCUUGGUGGCCGCUCCUGGGACCAGUGGGGGUUUGACUGGGACAGGCAACAGCGCCCCCAGGAGGCUCCCCUUCGCUAGGCGGAGGGAGAUGAAGGCCAACUCCCUUCUCCGUGAGCUCCUGCAGCAGAGCAGCUCUUACGAUGUGAGCAAGCCUUACAGACUGCACAGCCCACCCUACUCCCACUCCCACAGCCCCAACAGAGGAGGAGUAUAUAUUUCCUCUGCCCUGGGUAAAUCAGCCCGAGCCCAUUCCCCCACCUCCCACAACCCCAAACCUGAGCUUCGUAAAGACUCUUCCUCCCCAGAGAGGAGAAACUACUCCUCCGAGGCCCCGCAAAGCUUCGAGGAGUUCGCAGAGGACGGCGGUUCCUUCUCCGUUCGGCGCUCCCGACGCUUGGCCUCCUUCCCCAGCCGAUUCGCCAAGAGGCAGCGGCCUGGACGGGCGAGGGAAGGCGAGGGGAGGGACAAGGAGGAGAGAGAGGAGGGACGAGCAGGAUUCAAACUCUUGCCAACCCAGGCCGGAGGGGGAACCACGACAGAGACGCAGCCAGAGCAGCCGACGACGGGCGACUGCAGCGCUGGUACAACGGAGCCGACCAAACCCUGCUGCCACAGCGAAAAGCGAGCCUGCCUCUGCCUGCCUCUGAAUCCCAAGUCCACAGGAGAGUCCCAGUACAGCACCAAGCCUUUUGAGCAGACGCUCAGUGUGGAUCUGUGUGGAACAGCAGGUCUCACUCCUCCCACCACCCCGCCUCACAAACCAGUGGAGGAUGAGCUCUUCAAGCCAGCAGAGGGAGGAAAGGGCGGUGGAGGAGCAGGCGGUGGCGACGGUGGAGGCAGUGAGUGUGUCCACGCAGCCUCAAACACCAACACCAACGUUGCCACCAAGGGCUCCUCCUGGCUCAGCCGCACCCACCACCAGCGGAAGCUCCCGGAGCAGACGGAGCUGUAUGCCCAACUACGGCGCAUGGGCCAGGCCGGUGACAAUGACACACACCGCAACUUUGGCGACCAUGACUACUGCGCGCUGAGCCUCGGCGAGAGCCGCAAGCGUAGCGCCGCUAUGCUUGGCGCCAUGUUGCAGGCGCAGGGAGGGAGCGAUGGUGUUAGCAGCCCGGCACCCAAAGUAACCGAUGAUCAGGUAUCGGCGAAUGAAAAUGGGAAGGAGAACGGGGAGAGGCUGGUGAUGUCAGAGCUUGCAGAACCCAAGCAGCAGACAGCGACAAUUGUGAUACCAUCAUUGCUGCAGUCCAACUGCCAGUUGGCAGCUGCCACACCACCGGUCUCAGAGGAAGAGGCGGAGCGUUCGUCAGCGUCUCGCUCACCCUCGCCCAUCCUCCACCUGUGUCCCGACUCCCCCUCCGGCAAGACAGACUCCAGUGAGAACUCAGAGAUGGGUCCUGACGACAAGCAGAGGAACAAAGCCAAGAUUGACGAGGACAACUGCCAGGUGUUUUACAUCCACAACCUGCCAACCAGCGUGACCCAGAACAUGCUGAGGAAACGCUUCCAGGUUUUCGGCAAAGCAGAGGACUGCAAAGUCAUCAUCUGCAAUGAGGAGCGUUGUGGGGUGAUAAAGAUUCGCCAGGGGGGGAGUCAAAGACACUGGAGAGAACGGGAGACUGUUUUCCAGAAUGGACCUGCGGGCCUAAGGAGGCUGACAAGGAAACGCUACAUAGACCUUGAUGAGGCAGGUCCGGGUCCUGUCAAGAGCAAGUACGAUGCACUGGACUUUGACACUCUGCUGAAGGAGGCUCAGAAGUCCCUGCACCGCUGACAGCACAGCACCUCUGACUGGCCAGCCUUAGUAAACUGCAGCAACACCCCUCCGACAACACUGCUCUACCCUCAGACAGGCCUCUCAGUACCUCCAUGCAAGGCAACCUCGCAAGAUGUUUACAUUUUUACCAUUGGAAUAAAGUAACGAUAAGGACCUUGUUUUUUAAGUUUCUUUCACCGGAGGAUACUGCUUAAAAAUGAGGAAGCCACUGGGAGUCCGGAGGAGUUAAGAGACAAUGGAGGAAUUAGGACUUAACAGCAAUGAUACAACAACUACAAACGAUAGUGAUACAGAUUGUGAUUCUCUGCUGAACAACAAUAACAACAAAGCUGCUUCCUGUCUGUGUUGGUGACGUCACUGCCCCGCCUUGGAAGAGCGGGCGUGAGAGACAUCUGUAGCAAAUCCUUGCUAUCCUUGCGUUGCGUUGGUCCUCGUGGUGUGUUUCUCUGCGUGUGCGUGUUCUUUGUUCCGUUUGUUUUGUAAAAAAAAAAAGAAAAAGAAAAGAACUUCCCUAUUUCUGGUCACGGAUGGUGAACCAUGCAAGCUGUGUUCACCAUUAAGUUGUGUGGUUGUAUAACCAGAAAAAAAAAAAAAAAAAAACCUGCUUUGUUUUAGCGAAAAAUCGUGGAUGUUAUAAAUUUUAAAAAUCUAUUGUGUGUGUGUUAUGGACAAAGAAUAUAACAAAAAAACAUUUAACGUAAUCAUUUGAUGACUGAUAAAGUUUACAAAUCUAAAAUGAAGAAGAAAAAAAUCAUGUUUUUUUCUUUUUUGUAAUUGUAGUGCUUCCUUGAUUUGAUCUAUGCACUGUAAGGAGGUAAAUGUCUCCGCUGUCCUCCACUUUCCCCCCUCUCUAAUCUGUAACUCUGCCAUGCCGACUAUUCUGGCUUCUGCUACUGGCUGCUGCAGGCUUCGUUUGGUAGGCGUGUUAUACAUAAAGACCUCGACUCAGAUCUGGGAA